AUGGGUGAACGUCUCUAUCAAUUAAAAUUAAAAUUAAUAUCACUAAUUGAAUAUCAAUUAAAAUGUUUUAAAAAUAAAUUACAAUUAAAUAUAAGACAAUUUAAUUUAAAUUUAUUUGAAAUGAAACAUAUGACAAUUAGAAUACCACCGCUAAAAUUAUUAGGGAUGAUGAAAAAAAAUGAUGAUGAAACAACUAACGCUAAUAUUAUAUUACAAAAAAAUUUAAAUUUAAAAGCAGAAAGAGAACAAUGUAUAUUAAUUACAGGUAAUGUGUAUAUGUGA